AUGUUCUCCACCACCCUGGGACUGCUGAUGCCUGUAGCAGUAGCUGAAUUUCUUACUGGUUUGAUUGCAAAUGGAGUCCAUGUGGUCUGGAGUUUUGGAGAAUGGAUCAAAAAAGUCAAGUGAUCCUCAUAUAACCUCAUUGUCCUAGGCCUGAUGGCUGCCGGUUUUCUUCAGUGGCUGAUGAUGUUGGACUUCAGUCUGCUUUCAUUUUUCCAAAACUCUCUUUGGCUUCACUGUCUCAAUGUUUCCUGGGCCAUGGAGGCCAGUCUGUGGUGUGCUGCUUUCCUCAGUGUAUUCUAUUGUAAGAAGACCACAACCUUUAAACACCCCGUUUAUUUGUGGCUGAAGCAGAGAGCCUAUAGCUUGAGUCUCUGGUGGCUGCUGGGACACUGUAUAAUGAAUUUGCUAUUUAUAUUCAACACUGGUUUAAAUUCCUACCAUCUUUCCCAUAGGAACAGCAGCAUUCCAAACCUCCUUUCAAGCUGGCAUGAUAAUUCUAUAUUUCAUCUCACUUCAGAAAAUUGGUUGCCUUUCAUGGUGCUUCUUGCUUCCUCUUCGAUGUUGAUUGUCUCUUUGUAUAGACACCACAGGAAGAUGAAUGUCCAUAUAGCUGAUAGAAGAGAUGCUUGGGCACAGGCUCACAACACUGCCCUGAAGUCUUUGGGGUGCUUCCUUAUACUUCACCUGGUUUAUGUCAUAGCUAGUCCCUGCUCCCUCACCUCCAAGCAUUCUCCCGCAGCUCUCACCAGGGUCUUAAUCUCUGACACACUCAUGGCUGCCCAUCCUUCUCUUCAUUCUGUCAUAUUGAUCAUGGGAAUUCCUAGGGUGAAGCAGACUUGUCAGAGAACCCUCUGGAGGACAGUGUGUGCUUGGAGAAGCCGGGGCCCAUGA